AUGCAGAAGUACGCUAUGCAGCGGCGUCACACCUCAUCCGGCUCAAGCAGCGGUGGGGGUGCGACGGGUAAUGGCAGUGGUCUUCAUGUUUUAGGUUGCGGUGUUGUUGGCAAUGGCGGUGGGGGUGCCGUUGGGCGUGGCGUGUCAAGUGGCCCGGUUCCAGAAGUGGCUGCCUCCAGUUAUGUGCCCAUGUCAUCCUCGACCGCCGCGGGCUCCACGGACGCCAGUGAUGAGGAGGUGAAUCAGCUGCUGAAGGAGCUUGAGUGUUCUGUGAAUGGGUCAAAUGCAGAAGCCGUGAUGCGAGAUGCUGUGUGGGCCAUAGAACGACGAGCCUUUGCAAGCUGCGACCCGAUGAGUCGUGACCUGUUUCUUGAGCAACGCAUACGCGAUGUUCUCUCCGAGCUGUCACGAACAUCAAAUCCAAAAUUACUUCUCCUUGCUGUGGAAUUUAUUGAUGCUCUCCUUGCUGUGCCGUAUACAAAUCCUCAACAAAAGUUUACACGACUUUGCCGUAGCCUCUUCAUAGUCCUGCAUUGUGGCCUUGAGAA